AUGAAGGGCCGACAGCUCCGGCGCUUGAAGUGGGCACAUCACACGCACUCGCUAGCAUUCAUUGUUGGUGGUUAUGUAAGGCGGAGGCCGCGCCGAUGCCGCUGCUGCGAGUCAACGAACGGCAUUGACACGCGCCCGUCGCCCGCCCCUCCCGAGCACCCCCCCUCCACCGCGGAGACCCUCGCUGCUGCUGAAACCAGCAGCUGCGAAAUUGGGUCACGAGCUCCGCGCCACCUCGCGUCCGAAGCGACCAAUCUGUGCAGAGCCCCGCCGCUGCACACGAUUCCCUCCAACUCAUCGCGAAAC